UCCAGCCAAAGCGGAUGUCGGGGGAGACACGCGGAGACAGAGGUUCCAGCUGUUCCGCCACAAGUCUGUCUGAAGUCCCAGUGAGCUCCCUACCGGAAAAAGGAAGAUGCUCAAACACAAUAUAGUUGCUACAACAGUGGCUACCCUUUUGGGCACAGCAGUGGGAGGCCUGAUCAUAUGGAAAGUUUUCCAACGCUGGAGGGGCAAAAUCAGCUGCACCAGAGAGCAUCAGGAAGAAAUUGACAGCCAAGAAUUGGCCCCAAUGAGAACAGAGCCACUGUUGUCACUCUUGGUUAUUCCUAAUGUCUCACGAGUGGAAAGGAUGCUUGGAGAGAAGGUGGUGAUUGUGUCUGAGACAGAGGAAUGGGAAGAAGUUGAGUCCUUACUUAGGAGGGAAUUGGAACAAUGUCCAGUCCUUGGAAUUGACUGUGAGUGGGUGAAUAUAGAAGGCAAAGCUUGCCCUAUUUCACUCCUACAGAUGGCUUCCCCAACAGGCCGUUGCAUCUUACUUCGUCUUUCCAAGUUGAUCUCUGGUAAAGCAUCACUCCCCCAAACCUUAUUGGAUAUCUUGGAAGACAGCAAAAUCUUAAAAGUUGGGGUUGGGUGUCGGGAAGAUGCCAGCAAGUUGCUUCAGGACUAUCAUCUCACGGUUAGAGGGUGUCUUGACCUUCGAAAUCUAGCCAUGAAACAGAGGAGAGAUUUGCUUCAGAAUGGGCUUAGCUUGAAAUCACUUGCUGAAACCAUACUCAACUUUCCUCUCAACAAGUCUCUUCUUCUUCGUUGCAGUAAUUGGGAUGCUGAAGAGCUUACUGAGGAACAAGUUGCUUAUGCUGCUAGGGAUGCCCAAAUUUCGGUUGCUCUUUUUCUUCAUCUUCUUGGAUGUCCGUUGUCCAUGAAUUCAACUAAGAAUAGGGAUGUGGAAACAAGCUGGGAAAAAAUCUUGAUGAAGUGCAAGGACCUUGUGGAUCGCCCUUUCCAUGGUAAAGGAAAUAGCAGCAUCAUGGGAGAAGAAAGUAUUGGGGAAACAGAGUCCCCAAAGAAGACAAGAAACCAGAAGUCUAGAGCUGGUGGGAUGUCUUCAGGCAAUCAACAAGGAAGAGAUCCGAGGAAACAAAAACAGAAGUCCCUGGGCAAGGGCUAUUCUGCACGAAAAUCUCCCCUCUAUGACAACUGCUUCUUACAUGCUCCUGAUGGACAACCCCUUUGCACGUGUGACAGAAGGAAAGCCCAGUGGUAUCUAGACAAAGGCAUUGGAGAGCUGGUGAGUGAAGAUCCUUUUGUGGUCAAGCUGCAAUUUGAGCCAUCAGGACGACCUGAAUCCCCAAAAGAUUAUUAUCUGAUGGUUAAGGAGAACCUCUGUGUUGUAUGUGGCAAGAGAGAAUCCUAUAUACGGAAGAAUGUAGUUCCCCAUGAGUACCGGAGACACUUCCCCAUUCAGAUGAAGGACCACAACUCCCAUGAUGUAUUACUCCUGUGUACCUCCUGCCAUGCCAUUUCGAAUUACUAUGAUAACAACUUCAAACAACAGCUAGCUGGGGAGUGUGGGGCCCCAAUUGGUUCUGAAGAGGGGUUACGCUUGCUGGAAGAUCCAGUCCGCCGUCAAGUGCGUUCUGGGGCCAGGGCCCUGCUCAAUGCUGAAAACCUGCCUGCUUAUCGAAAAGAAGAACUCCUACAGGGAAUCAAGGAGUUUUUUAACACAGAGACUGUCACAGACCUGAUGCUUCAGGAAGCUGCAAGUUUGGAAACCAGGAUUGCCAAUGAGAGCUAUGUUCCCCAUGGGCUGAAGGUGGUACAGUAUCAUGCGAAAGGUGGGCUGCGCUCUCUCAUGCAUCUGGAGAGUCGCUGGCGACAACACUUCUUGGACUCCAUGAAACCCAAGCAUCUGCCACAGCAAUGGUCGGUCAACCAUAAUCAUCAAAAUCUGCUCCGAAAACAUGGGGAUAAUCUGCUGAUGGAGCUGACAAGUUAGCUUCUCUCUUGACGAGAAACGGAGGGAAUAGGAAGAGACCAUGGGGCUGUAUAAAGGAGUUGGGGAGGAAGGUGCCUUUCUUUUUUCUUCUCCUAACCCCCCAUUUUGGGGCAGCACUAAUAUCAGAGCUUCCUAUGGUAAAACUCAGAAAAACUAAUCAGCGCCUCUCAUGAGCCCCCUGCUGUGAUGGGGCAGGGGUUCUUAAGGGUGGUGUAAGGUUUUUUUCAGUACCUUGUUGGGUAAGGUCAGUUUGUCUUUCCCUUGCUCUUAUUUUAAUGGACAAGGGAAGCUUUUAUUUGGAUUUUUCUUCCCCUCUUAUUACUUCUUGGAGACAAGAAAUAGAGAAUGAGAACUCCUGCCCAGAGUUUUUAAUCUAUUUAUUCCCAUUCUGAUUCCUGUGGUCCUGUACAAAAGGGAUUAUCAGGUAUAAAUGGUUGAUUACAGUUAAAAAGGAAGAAAACUCUUUCCCUGAGGGACCCAGAUUCAUUGUCUCUAAUUCAGUCUUGAAAUCAAGCAACCCAUUUGGAAUGGGUCUUCUGCAACCCCUCAGUGUGCUAUAGAUUAAAAUAGUAACUUCUUGUUAAUUUAUUCCACCCUGAUGCUGGAAGGGGGUUAUUUUUUGGCCAGAAGUUUUUUACUUGGGAGAACAGAAAGGAGGAGUAGGAGUCUUGGGUAUGGCUCCUUGCAGACAUCAUGAAAUAACUUAAAUAAUUUACCCUGCUUUUCUUAUUCUGCUGUUUCUUGCAUGUAUGACCCAGCCAGGUUUAUAAUGCAGCCCUUUUCUGGUAGAGAAACUUCUCCUUUCAGGAUCAAGGCAUGAAAUUCUUACAUUACCCCUCCUCUUCCUUUACUUCCCACCCCUACCCCCUGUCUGCAACAUUAAUAUCUUUUUAACCCUAACUUAUCACUAAAGUUGUUUGGUCAGGUUGCAUAUGUUUGGAACUUUAAGUGUUCAAAAUGCAACUUAUUAAUAAUUAUCUAUUUUUCUAACUUAUCAAGAAAGCUUGUUAUGUGCUUCAUGGCUCAUAGCAGACUUAGAAAGCAAAGUGUAAGCAACAUCCAAUAAAAAAUAUGAUUUUGUAAUUGUCUCCAUGUUGAUGUUGGUUGCUCCUAACAUUGACAAAUAAAACCUUUUCUAAAUUUAA